AUGCGCGCGCACAAGGUCCGGCGCAGCGACCUCGUCGUGACCUACGGCGGCAUCGCCCUGCGGAACGCGAAGCGCCUCGGCGACGACGCCUGGGCCGUCUACGAGCAGACGCUUUUGGCCGCGCUCGACGUCGACGACCAGCCGCUCGCGAAGACGUGCGCCGACGCGCUGCUCGCGCGCUUCGAGCCCAAGGACGGCGGCAAGCCGUCGGCGCGCGUCGAGCGCCUCAAGGGCCUCGUCGCCGAGGCGCGCGGCGACUGGGACGGCGCGCUCGCCAAGUACGCGGGGCUCCUCGAGGCGAACGCCGCGAACGCCGCGGCUUUGAAGCGCGAGAUCUGCGUGCUCAAGGGCAAGGGCGCGGCGCCGGCGGCCGUCGCCGAGGCGCUCAACGGCUACGUCGUCAAGUUCCAGAGCGACCAGUCCGCGUGGCAGGCGCUCGGCGAGCUCUACGCGGCGAACCUGCGAUUCGCGGACGCGAUCUUCUGCUACGAGGAGCUCACGCUCUUCGACCCGCUCGCGCAGCACUACCACCGGCGGCUCGGCGAGCUCUACUACUCGCUCGCCGCCGCCAACGCCAAGGACGCCGAGCCCCGCUACCGCCACGCGCGCAAGUACUUCGCGAAGAGCCUCGAGCUGCGCAAGGCCGCGAACGCGCGCGCGGCGACGGGCCUCCUCCUCGCCUGCAGCGCGCUCAAGGUCCUCGUCCGCGGCGACAAGGUCGACGCCGACGACGAGCUCAACGCGGCGCUGGGCUCCGUCGCCGCCGCGCACCUCAAGGCGGCCUACGCGAAGGCGCCCGCGGAGCUCCAGGCCGCGAACGCGGCCGUGCUCGACGCGCACGCGCCGCCCUACGCGCGGCUGCUGCCGGCCAAGGACGCGGACCCGCAGUAG